AUGGACAUUCAUGCCCAUUUGCAUCCAGAGUACAGAGCAAAUAGAUAUUCGUGUCUCCAAACUAGAAUGUGCAUUGCUCUCGGCUGUCUAGGUGUAGGAUGUCUACCGGUGCCUCCCUGCUUAUUUGGAGCCUGUCUUCCACCCUUACCUCGUCUUAUACCUUGCCCAUGCAACAUGGGAUUUCAGUGCAUAAAUGGGGGUUGUAUCAUGGCCAGAGCGCGGAGUGCUAAGACAUACAUUCCAAAGGGUGAAAUAAACCAAGCUGAACCAAUUGAAGAUCCCAAUACUCACUUCAAAACAUGUUGCAAUCUGUUGGAUGUUGCUGAUGGCUGCACUCCGUUGUGUUCUUACAAUAAUUACACCACCGAAUCAAUAAAAGGAUCCUUACAAAUUACUUCCAAAUGCCCCAUGACCGCUUUACCGCAAGUGCACUUUUGUGCUGCCAGAGGCGCUGAUCACACCGAGUGCUGCAGAGCAGGAAAUGUUCCUGCUGAUUGCAAUGUUUUUUGUGACCAGAGAGCUGGAAACAUCACACAUUUAUCUCUUCAACACUUGAAGUGUUUCGAUUACUUAGAACAUAUUAAAGGGUGUUUCCUUGAUCACGCUGUUAAGGAGUAUUACGAGAGCAAAAUGCAAUUGCUUGAACCAAAACUUAAAUAA